AAAUUGCAAUAAAUAUAUGAGCCAGUAUGUGAGCGAGAGAUAAAUGAGCGAAGUCAUAAAUACGCGUAGAUAUUUAAAAUUAGUUAAUAGCUGGCAGCAGACUUACACAAAGGUGCUAAGAUGCGUGCCUACUACACGUCUAAGGAUAAGCGAACUUACGGCGACAUGAGCUAUGAAAGCAAAUACCUGCUGGAUCCCAAGUACAUGACAAAGCGGGAUAUACAACAUUUCUACCGAUACUACAACAUGACUAGGAAUCGCAGUCAGUUCAAGAAAAUCGUCGUCAUUAUUUUCUGCGUAUGCGUCUUCUCCUAUUUGUUUGUGGACUAUAACUUAAGGACGAAGCUGCUGCGGUUGCGAGAUAGAUUCGAUUUUAUAGCACGCAUCGAUGCCGAAUACAAUAUAACGCAGUCCUAUUUUGUGGAUACGCCCGGCUGUCGGAUGCCCUAUUUCGAGGUGAUGGAUGACAGUGUGGCGCAAUAUAUGUUCAAGCCCAAGCCAUUGAAAUGCCGCAAGCCCCUAACGCGGACCAGCGAUGACGUCUUGGGGGAACUCUAUCUGAAUAUGAAUGCCAGCGAAUUGUUGUGGUAUUACAAUGUUAGUGAUGUGACCUCCAUAAGCUGUAACUAUACGGAAUUGAGACGCCUGACCGAGAAACUCAAUACAUACAUGCCUAGUGUGCCCUUCAAGCUGGCUAGCUCCAGUGGCGAGGCAACGCCUGUAAGACUGCCUGCAGAUGUCGAAUUCAUACGUGUCGAGUGCUCCGAUGCCCACAAGAAACAAAUCUAUACAGACUGUCAUUUCUUUGCUGUGGAUAAGCAGGAGAAAAUCAUUACAAAAGCCACGCCCACGGUCGACAAUGCCAGCACCGAUCGGCCGUCCUUUGAACGUGUGGUCUUUAACAAGAAACACAAGAGCACGUAUUCAGAGCACGGAGGGAAGGGAAAAGAGCCCUCUGAACGUCUUUCUGUGAUGAUCCUAGGCAUUGAUAGCGUCUCCCAUCUGAACUUUCUGCGCCAAAUGCCGCACACUGCUGCCUACAUCCAUAAAAACUUAUCGCACGUGGAAUUUUGGGGCUUCAACAAGGUGGGCGACAAUACAUUUCCCAAUUUGGUGCCGCUCCUUAGCGGUCUAGAUGAACAGGAACUGAAUAUAUCUUGCACUUUACCACUAACCCGGGCGCACUACUACGAUCUGUGCUCGUUCAUUUGGAAGCGCUUCAAACAGGCCGGCUACAAGACCAUCUAUGCCGAGGAUGUGGCCAGCUUGGGUUUGUUCAAUUUCGAUCGAUCGGGCUUUAAGCGACAGCCCACAGACUACUAUUUGCGGCCAAUGAUGCUCGAGAUGGAGAAGCAUAUAGCCUACGAGCAUAUGGUGAACGUGGAUGUGUGCAUGGGUGGACGACGGACGGCAGACGUGCUUCUGGAGUACAUUCGAAAAUUUUUGCCACGCCUCAAAAGCGAGGCGUUCUUCUCAUUCUUCUGGACAGUCACCUUGACCCACGAUAUGUUGAACACGGCCAACCUGCUGGAUAGGGAUAUUGAGGGAUUGUUGCAGUUGAUGGAUCGCUCGGGUGUAUUGAAUCGCACCCUGGUGCUGCUGAUGUCCGAUCAUGGACUGCGCUGGGGCUCCUUCCGUUAUACGUAUCAGGGCAUGAUGGAGGAACGACAACCGCUGCUAAUGGCACUCUAUCCACGCUGGCUGCAGACGCUUUAUCCGGAGGCGGUUGCCAAUCUGCAGCUUAAUGCCAAAAGGCUUACCACACACUUCGAUUUGCAUGCCACAAUGCUCCAAUUGCUUGACAUGAGCAAUUUAAAUGCCGCGAACUUGCAGCGGCGAGCCGCAGAGUUCCGCGAACCGGACAGCACGCUUCCCCGGGGCAUCAGCCUCUUUCUGCCCGUGCCUGUGGAGCGUACCUGCGAGCAGGCGGGUAUUGCAGCCCAUUGGUGCACGUGUCAUCAAAAGCAGGAGAUGAUGACCAACGAUGCUCGUGUACAGCGUGCGGCACGUUAUGUGGUGAGGCUCAUCAACGAUCGACUUCGGGGUCACGCACAAUGCCGAACCCUCUAUCUGAAUUCCAUACUGCAGGCCUUUAUGGCCGCACCACAUCACAAAAUAAUCAAGGAAGUGACCAAUGACUUCUCUGUGGACGUCACACUACGCUUGCAGACCAAACCAGGCCUUGGCGUGUUUGAGUCCACUGUCCGCAUGUCCAGCUACGCCGCCACCCUCACCGGCACCAUUAGUCGCAUCAAUCUGUACGGCAGCCAAAGCUAUUGCAUCAGCGAUAAUGCACUAAAAAUGUUCUGCUAUUGCCAUCGAUAAGACGGAUGAUCAGUCCAAGACUUAAUCCCAUACGUAGCCUUAGUUGUGUGUAUUAUAGCCAUAAGUUUAGCCAACUAAACGCAUUUGUAUUUCUAUGAAAUAUCAUAAAACUAACGGAGAAAAAGGAACUUGAUAAUAGCUCUUCAUUAUAAAGAGUUUUUGGACAUAAGUAGCGGGAUAUAUGUAUAGGAAUAUAUCCAUUUAAAGUAGGUACUGUUUUUGUUUAUUAGUGACAAUAAUAAAUACGAAUAUA